AUGAAACCUGGGCAAGUAGCUCUUGCGCCUACUGCUUGUCGGCGCUGUCGUGAGCGAAAAGUUCGCUGCUCUCAUGAGCAGCCCGAAUGUGCGAAAUGCGUCAGACUCGGACUCGAGUGUAGCUAUCCAGAGCCACCGGACCGAAGAUUGAUUGCUGCACGCCGGAAGAGAUCGACAAGAUCAACACCACAUGAACCCCGCGAUACCACCACUACACCAGAUUUAUUAGCCAGGCAAAGUUCAGAGUAUAUUAUACAACAUGAACCACCUCCUCGCACUUCACAAACUACGGGCCACCCACCUGAGCUUCAUAUCUCCGAUGCAGCGAAGAAACUGUUGCAAGAUACGUACUUUGCAUGCGCUUUCAACUCGUCGCUGACCAUUCACCUUCCAACCUUUGAGCAAGCCAUCGAACAGGGCACUGUACCUAAGCAUACUUUGCUGGCCAUGUAUGCAUUGGCUGCGAAUUUCCUUGUCUCUUCUUCUUCACGCGGCAGAAAGCAUUAUGCCGUGAUGCGCGGCUUAGAUAACUUGGGCGCUGUAAGCGAGACUUGGGCGUUGAAGGCCGGAAAGAUGGCUUUGCAAGAGGCCGACCAACCAACAUUGUACAUGAUACAAACCUGUCAGAUCCUAUCCCUGUACUGGUUCUCGAAAGGUGACCCCAGGCGAAAUACUAUGUUUUCUGGAAUUGGCUAUAGAGCCGUGCGCUCCAUAGUCAUCGAGUCCAAGGAGAUGCUGUGUCCAGGUAUCUUUCAGCCCAACGGCAUCGAGGCAGAGAAGAUGAGGCGAUUGUUUUGGGCUUCUUGGAUAACUAAUGUGAUCAACUCGGAUCACUACACGCCAGGCAGUGCAGCUGACACGCUCGUAUUGACCUUGCCGCUUCCAGUGAGCGAAAACGCGUUUCUAUGGAGUACAGAGGAGCCACUAGCUACCAUCUCUCAGAGCUCUUCAAAAUCCCAGCCUACUAGGAACAGAGAACCUAGCAUCAUGGCGGAGAUUAUGAAAAUUCUAAUGAUUUGGGCACGUAUACGUGACCACAUAGAUAUGAGACGAAGCUUCCCCCACUAUGAAGCCUGGGUGAACGCAUUCUCGCUGCAGAAGGAAAUCUCAAACUGGGCAUCGCAGCUUCCUGCGGACCUAAGCUACUCCAAGCGAAAUCUUUACCAUCAAUUAGUAGUGAAAGAGCAACCGAUAUACGUGUUUCUUCAUGCGCUGUAUCAUCAGUGCUGUCUGGUACUCAAUUCGUCUCUUGUCCCCCAUUUCAGCGGUCUUUCGUUUACUGGGGACAUGCCUCUCGAGGUGGUCCAAAUCAGUGCGGCUGUCGCCUUACGCAGUGCCCAGGCUCUGUCAGACUUGAGUGCACACCUCGUCGCCCUGGAAUGGGAUCCUACCCAAAUUGCCCCCUUUGUCGGCUACUGUAUGUACGUCGCGGCAUCCGUUCAGAUGUCUGUCUUGCCGCGGAAUAGCGAAUCUGGGGAUACUCGAUGGACCCGUUUAACGCAUUGCCUCAAGCUCCUGGAGCUCAUGAAGCCUUAUUGGGCUGUUCUAGACCGACUGUGGGCGCGAAUAUCGCGACUUUACGACUCCCAAUACUCCCAAUUGGCUAAUACCAGAACGGCAGCAGUCCCAGCUACUCCGGUAGCCGAGGAGCUUGCACAGAACGAGUACCUAGCUACUCCGAAGCGUGGCACAGGCAGUCUAGACGAGCCGCUCGAGAAUUCAGUACUUCAUUAUAGCCUCCGCAAACUGCAGAGAAAUCCAGCAUCUUCUUCCUCUACCCAAGGACUCGAGAGGGCCUUCAGCCCCAGUGCAACGGUCCGAUCAGUCGCAGAUCACAUGAUGCAACGUGAAGAUGGUGCCUCCUCAUAUAGACAGCAGCAGCAGCAGUUUGAGCGGCGAGGCACAGACACGAUGGCUCCAACAAUCUCGCCAACGCUUUUCCCGAUGCAAUUGACAAACCCUCACUCUAGCAUACAUACACCUUUUGCUGAAAACCAGCUACAAAAGGAUUCCUUUGAGUCAAAUACUCCCUUUCCGGGCUUUUUGACCUCGCUACUUCCUUUACACACGAAUAGUGUGGAUGAAAAUGAUUGGUUCCAACUAGAUAUGCAAAAUUCGGCGCAAGCUAGGCAAGCUCUCAACGAGUUCUUCUGA